AUGGGCUGCCAUACCGACUUGGCGGGGAACUCCUCCUGUGGCUUUCACUACUCCGGGCUACCAUGCCCGCUAGAAUCAUCAACAAAACGGCAUAACGCCCCUUAUGCUGCCGCUUUCGACACCACGCUCUUUGCAUCACUGACUCUCAUCGACCAACCCUCCCGCCCGUUCAUACGUCAAGUGCCGCCAGAUUGCCCAUUCCUCGCCUUGCCAGGAGAGAUCCGAAACCGCAUCUAUCGCUUCGCUUUGGUGGCAAUCAGACCUUUCACUGUGCAGCUUCAAUGGAAUAGACCUCGAGAUACGGCGCUGCUUCGGGUCAACAAGCAGAUAUUUGAUGAGGCGUCGAGUAUUUUCUACGCUGAGAAUGUAUUCAGAUUCCCAGAGGCAUUGUUCGUGGGAGCGCCGAUUCUUCCGCAAUUGCAGACGCUAUACCGUGUCUCGAGGGCGAAGUUGAAGAUGAUGAGGAAUAUUGUCCUCGAGGUACCGGUGUACGGCCUCAACUCCAACUUUCGCUUUCGCAUCCAGACUGCAUUCAACCUUCGACAUUUGACCGAAUUCCUGGCUUGUUCCCCAAACGUGAAAGUGCAACUGCGGUUUGGAUAUGUGUGGGGAGAGAACGGCCGCGAUCUCGGACCAAGUGAGUACCACUAUACUUUAGCCACCGCUGUUGAAAGCCUGCGAUUGAAUGAGGUGGAGAUGGAUGUGCAUAUCAGGACACAUCCGAAGUUUAUGGACGAGUGGGUUGACCUUCUGGUAAGGACCUUUUUCUGUGUCAAAUUCUCGCGUCUCGUGUUCGGUUUUGCGCCUGUUGAGGGCAUGAGCCCUUUGAUGUUGCUAUUUCAAUCGAUCAGCUCUCUUUCGGAAUGGUCCACGUGA